GCGGGGGGCGCGAUGCCCGCGGCGGGGGGCGCGCGGGGCUGAGCGCGGCGGCGGCUCCUGCGACCAUGCGGGACCCCCUGGUGCUGCUGCCGCUGCUGCUGCUGCUGCCGGCGCUGGGCGCGCGGGGGGCGCCGUCGCGGGGCGCGGGCGGCUGCGCCGAGCUGGCGUGCGGCGAGCGGGAGCGCUGCUGCGCCGCGGCCAACGGCACGGCCCCGCGCUGCUGCGCGCCGCCCCUGCACGCCUUCCUGGACGGCGUGGGCUGGUUCGUCCGCAAGCUCUCGGGGCUGCUCAUCCUGCUGGUGCUCUUCGCCAUCGGCUACUUCCUGCAGCGCAUCAUCUGCCCCAGCCCGCGCCGGCCCGCGCCGCGCCCCGCCGCCGCCGCCGCCCCCGGCCCCGACGCCGGCGACGCGCCCGCGCUGCUGCCCCCCGACGACGCGGCCGCCGGCUCCCAGGACUCGCUGCUGGACCGCGCCGGCCCCGACGGCGCCCUGGCGCCCGCCUUCCUGCAGCUGCCCAGCUACGACGAGGUCAAAUACCUGCCCACGUACGAGGAGUCCAUGCGGCUGCAGCAGCUGGGCGCGCGCGAGCCGGGCGCGCGGGACCGCUUCCCGCUCAUCUGAGCCGCCCCCGGGACCCCCCGCCCGCCCCGCAGCCCUGCGCCCCUUCCCGGCCGGGAACACCCCCCCAGCCCCGCGCGGGUCCUUCUGGCCCGCGGGAGUCACGGCCGCCGAGGGCGGGGAGCCCCGCGCGCGCGCGCGCGUCCCGCCGCGGCGACUCGGGCCGGAACCAGGGCCCGUUGGCCGUUGGUUCCCCGGGUCGGAGGAGACGCCUCUUUAGGUGGCGUUGGUGUUCAUCCCUUCGCCGGUUGCCCGGGGAAACGCGGGCGGCAUUGCACCUCCAGAAGCGGAAUUCCGGGCGGCGGGGUGAUGGAGAGGACGUCCGCGGCGUGGAGACCACGAGGGCUGUCUUAUUUUCACAGCUGGAGAGGAAUACACUUUAUUUUUACUACGGUGGCAUCCUCGAGAACCUUUUCUAACAACGACCCGUGGAGCCUGGGUCACGGUGUCCCCGCAGUGCUCCAUGGAGGCACCUUUCCUUGGGCAGACUUUGUGACUGGUGUGGUGUGCUGAUGUCCCCGGGAAGGGCGCGGUCUACUCACGGUGAGAGAAAAAUAACAAACAAGCAUCUAAUUUCCGUUUUUCCAGUCCACGCAGUGUGCUUGCAGCAAACUGUGCUAUAACAUAUCUCCCCGUGCUUUAUGUGUGGUGCCCAUAUGCUGCAACACCUUAUAAUCAUUGCAGAUUCUGCUGUGAAAGGCGAACCAGGUGUCGGGUUGGAGGGGGGAUUACAUUGACAAGGCACAGACACAGGUGUCCCUAGACUCACUUUUCCUGACACUUCCGAGGAAUCAUAAGAUGCCUGAAUUGGAUUAGCCGAAAGGUUCUGAUUUGAUUGCUUUCAUGUUUAAACUUAAACGUGAGCUGGGAGAGCCUGGCAGUUCUGCACCUGAACAUGAACUGUAACGGAGGACAAUGGUUUAGCCUGAACUUCUGUUAUGAAAGGAAAUUCAUUUGCAGUGUGUUAGAAACGGAAAGACAUUAAAGUCUGUUGCA